UUACGUUCUUCGUUCCGACUCCUCCAUCCCUCUCUUCCCGUGCUACCCAAGAUUCCUCUGCUGCCCUCUUCAAACGACGAAGGCAGAAGCAGCCAUGGCUCCUUGUCCGGCGAUCACGAGACGGAGGAAGAGCAUGGUUGUUCCGGCGGUUAAGGCCGCGAAGGAGACGUGCCCGCUGCUCACCUUCGACCUCCCUUACGUCACCUUCUACUACAACCAGAAGGUGCUCCUCUACAAGGUGGGCGCCGAGGAAGGAGAGUUCGAGAAGGCGGUGGAGUCCCUGGAGAAGAGCCUCGCGGAGGUCCUCGGCUACUUCUACCCGCUGGCCGGCAAGCUCGUCCAGGACGAGGAGGGCGUCCUCCAGGUGGACUGCAACGACCGGGGGGCCGAGUUCGUCGUCUCCGCCGCCGAGGACGUCCACCUCUCCGAACUCGCCGCCUCCGACGCCUCGCCGCUGCUCCAGGACAUCGUGCCGUACGCCGGAGUUCAGAACCACGAGGGGCGCGAACUCCCGCUGCUCGCUGUUCAGGUAACCAAGCUGAAGGAUGGGAUGGCGCUGGGGUGCUCAUUCAACCAUGUCAUACUGGACGGGAACUCAACAUGGCACUUCAUGAGCUCGUGGGCGGAGCUAGCCCGGGGCUUGACCACCAUCUCCCUCCUCCCCUUCCACGACCGCACCAAGGCCCGCAACACACGCUUGAAGCUCGACCUUCCCCCACUCACUGCCCAUAUUGCCAAUGGCGAUGGGCCUGCCCACCAGAAUGGUGAGGUCAAGCCACCCUCCAAGCCCAUGAGAGAGAAGAUCUUCCAUUUCUCUGAGGAGGUGCUUGACAAGAUCAAGGCUCAGGUCAAUGCGCACCUUGAACCGGACCAGAAGCCAUUCUCAUCCUUCCAGGCACUCGGCGUGCACGUCUGGCGUUCUGUGAUCCGUGCCCGUGAGCUGCCACCGGAAUCAUACACAGUGUUCACCCUCUUCGUUGACUGCAGGAAGAGGUUGGAGCCACCAAUGUCAGACAACUACUUCGGAAAUCUAAUUCAAGGCAUCUACACGGUUACUGCCAGCGGCAUGCUGCUAGCCCAGCCGGCCGAGUAUGGCGCUGGCCUGCUCCACCAGCUGAUCAAUUCCCAUAAUGCGGCAGCCAUUGACGCAAAGUCGACGGAGUGGGAGAAGGCGCCAAAGCUCUACAACUACAAGGAUGCCGGGAUCAACUGUGUGGCCGUCGGCAGCUCGCCGAGGUUCAAGGUCUACGAGGUGGACUUCGGCUGGGGCUCGCCGGAUUCCGUCAGGAGCGGGUCCAACAACAAGUUUGAUGGCAUGAUGUACUUGUAUGCAGGGAAGGAAGGGGGGAGGAGUGUGGAUGCAGAGAUCACCCUGGAGGCUGAGACGAUGAAGAAGUUGGAGGCUGAUGAACAGUUCCUUACGGGUUGUGCUGUUUGAGGCUUUUAAUUGUUGGUAGCAAGCUGAUGACAGAGAGAAAAGUAUUUGGGGUUCAUUGUUCUUCCUUUCACUAUGGCAUUAGGAUAGUGUUGCUCCCGCUUUCAUUGCCUUAUUUGGUUUCCUUCUUUUCUUAAUGUGCUUGUAUGUGCUUGCUUCCCAAUGUUUGUGGCAAGCAACUUUAAACAUGUAUGCAUUUAAUCAUUUAAGCUAUUGUAAGUAUGACUCGAGUGAAGGCUCCUUGAACUUCA